CGCACCCGGAAGUUUUGGUGUUUGUUUUACCUAGCGGAGGUACUAGAAGAUAGCGAGAUCUAGGACAGCACACCUUGGUGGAAAUGGUGCUCUCCGUUUCACAGCAGGUGAUGCUGUCGGUAUCAUUCGCACUCUGUCUUUGUGUACUUAUGCCUAGGAUUUUUGGGAGUGGAGGAAGAGUGGAGCCUAGCGCUAAUCCUGAUACCCGUAGAGUGCCCCCUGUGCAUGACCGCUCACCCAGAGAAAGCCAUUCUAAAGAACAUAAAUCUACAGGAGGAACAGAAAAAAAGGUCUUUACCAGUGUACAACAGAUGAGAAGUGCGAUGGAACAGGAACUUAAAAGUGAAAAAGCCAGUGGAAAUGGCAGAAGCAUGGCUUUCACUCUCAUGCCCCUUUAUGCUAUAGGGGUGGCUGUUUUUGCAGCAUACAAAUUUUCAAAAUUAAAAAGUGAAGAAAAAAGUCAAUCAAAAACAGAAAAAGAGGUAGCUGGGAAAAAAAGCAAAGAAACAGAGAAUCAACUUUUGGAAUUGGAACAUCACCUGGCUCAGACGGAGCAGAUGCUGAGCGCUUUAUUGACAGAGCUAGACCCCAUAUCCAACUGUGUUAAUUCAUUGGGAAAUGAGCAGAAAGGAGACCUUAUGAACCAGCUACAGUCCAUCAGACAACUAAUGAAAAAAAGUGGAAUGAAUACAUCUUCUCUCAAUCAUCCAGCUAACCAAAACUGCAGUAAUGCAUUAGAAGAUCUUAUUCAUUCAUUUGAAGAGCAGGAAGCGAAACCAUCUAAUGGAGAAGACGUUGAUGCGGAGUGUGAAAAACAAAUAAAUCGGGAGGAGACAGACUCUCAAUGUGAAGGUUUAACAGAAGACUUAGAUAUUCAAACACUUGUAAACGACCAGGAAGAUGAUCAGUGUGGUACAGAUUUAACGAUAAACAACACAUAUGAAGGCUUGAGGCAACGCAAUAUUAAAGACUAUCUACAAAGCACAAAUUAGACUGUACCUUAUUAGAAGAUUGUUUUAAUAUUUUAAUUUGUUAUUAAAUAUUUUAUUCUAUAACUGAUAAAAUUAUAGUGCAUAGAG